AUGUACUUGCAAUGGGCUAAAAAACAAGGUUAUAAAACAAGAGUUGUUGAAAAAUAUUCUGCGGCUAAGGUAGGCAUCAAGUCAACUAUAGAAUUUGAAUGGCGCUUUGCAUAUGGCUUAUUGUCUGGAGAGAAGGGGACUCAUCAGAUUGUCAGGAAAUCUUCUUCUAAUGAAGAGAUUCUUGAACAGACUUGCAUUGCAGGUGUAGAUGUAGUGCCUCUUUUUAUCAAAAAUUUUGUGGACUUUAAAUUGCCUGAUGAAGAUCUUGAGAUACAUUACACAAGUUUGAGUGGAAGCAGCGGCCGAAGUCUUAACAAACUUGAAAUGGCAGUUCAUAUCAUUCAUAUUCCAACUGGUACCUCUAUUUGCUGCACAGGAGAAAGAAGUCCAAUUGCAAACAAGAUUAAGGCUAUUUAUCGUUUGAAGGCCAAGCUUCUUGCUGUAGCUAUGGAGCAACAAACAAUCUGA